UUUGGUGAUUAUUUGUAAUUGAUUUUAUCUUUAUCUUUAUCUUUAUCUUUAUCUUUUUCAUCUCUAUCUUUAUCUUUUUUUAUUUACUUAUUUCGUAAUCCAAAAUGGCUAUUAUCGCUAUUUCCAUCACUGCAAUCACAACAUUUCUUAUAACUCUUGUUGUUGAUCAUAAGAUAACAAAGAGCAGAAAUGAUAAAGAAAUUGAAAAAAUGAAAAAAGAGCUAAGCGAAAUGAUAAACGAAAACUCAAAUCAACUUUUAAUCAAAUCAAAUCAACUAAUCGACGACAAAGACGAAGAAAUCAACAAAUUAUUAUACAAUAUCCACAACAUUGAGGAAAAUUUGGUUUUAAUUAAUAACUUGAAUGAAUCAAAAGAAGGUACGAGCAGAUCCAUUGAGCAAUCUGAUGAUAAAUUAGACGAUCAAUCCUCUAUCAAGGACAAAGGAAAAGGAAAAGAAACACAAGUAACAUCAGAUACUAAAGAAACACAAGUAGCCCCAGAUACUAAAGAACCUAAAGAACCUACUGAGAAAAAGGUCGAGCAACCCGAACAAGCUAAAGAACCUGCUGAAGAACAAAACACUUCGAAGGAGCCAAAAGAACCUAAAGAUGUUAAAGAACCUAAAGAACCUAAAGAACCUAAAGAACCUAAAGAAGCCAAGGAAAGCUCCAAAGAAGACGCUGAGGUUUCAGAAGAACCAAAACAAACUCUAAAAGAUGACUCAAAAGGCAAGGAAAAGGAGGAAAGAGAACCAUUGCUUAAUGGCGUUAACUAGGCAACCAAUGUGGUUCUUGUUUUAAUUGGCC